GUCAAAAAUGUAGCUAGCAAAAUUUAACUUUAGGCCCUUUUUUAUAGAAUGGGUGAUGAAAAAUUACACUUGGGCCUCGCACCACUUCGCUCUGUGUUCCGAUGUUCGACCAACAUUUUGGACCUAAACCACGACACUAUGCUGCGCGUGUACGACUAUCUGACCGAUAUGACGGAUAAAGUGCGGCUGGCCAGCACUGCGCCCAAGUUCCGGGAGGCCUUCAAAAUCUGGGCCUGCAAGCAGCGGCAUAAGCUCGCCUUGGAGGAUUUGGAGACGAUGAAGCUGCCGGAGAUGAUCAAUUUCUUUACGCUGGCGGGGCCAUACAUCAAAGUGCUGCAGGUAGACUGCGCCUGGCACGAGAAGGAGUCGCUGCUGAUGGAAUUUUUAGCGGAGUACUGCAAAAAUCUGGAGGAGAUCUACUAUUCAAAUGUCACCGAUGAUUUCCACUAUCGCACAAUCAUGUCACGGAUGAAGCAUCUGAAGCGGAUCACCAUCGAUUGUGUGGAUGCGGAGGAUGUGCUUAGCUUCGAUCUGCAGUCCAAUCGCGGUCUGGAGUACUUUGAGCUGAUCAAUGGCUGUUAUACGGGCAAACAUCUCUGCGGUUUCCCCAAGCUCCACACUCUGAUUCUGCGCGACUGCUUGCUCUGGAACUCUGGAGAGUUUGGCAUACCGUUGAGGUCCUUGCGCAUCCUCAACCUGGACGACUGCUGCUUUGAGGUAAUGAACGAGAGUCUCUACCACAAGAUAGCCGACUGCUGUGUGCACCUGGAGGAGCUCCAUUUCUCCGGCUGUGACUCGCACUUCGAGGUGAUUGCCCAGCUGCCGAAGCUGAAGCGCUGCACGCUCAAGACCUGGGUGACCUCCAAUGAGCUGAACAUUGGAUUCCUCAACACACUGGCCGAGCAGCGGGGCAACAAGCUCACCCAUUUGCAUUUGUCCGGCCAGUUUGAGAUCACCAUUGAGCAUGCCCGCGCCCUGGGGCUGUUGCACUCGCUGCAGGAGCUGCGCUGGAGCAACAACGACAUCCUGGAGGAUGAUCACUUCAAGUUCUUCAACGAUCUGGGUCUGCUCGACACCUAUGGCAUGUCCUUCUGCGGCCGUGUCACGGACAUUGGCCUGAUGCGUCUGCUGCGCAAGUGCGCACAGCUCAGGCUGAUUGAGCUCAAGGAAUGCGAUCAGAUCACCAAUGAGUUUGUGCUCAAUGCAAUCGGUUGUCUGGCCAAGCCCUCGCCAGGCCGCCAUCUGGUGAUCAAUGUGCUGGGCACCAAGAUCAAGGAGAGUCUGCUCACAUCCAUCGAGUAUCUGGCGCCCUUGAACAAUGUAAAACUGAACUUUGUCUGUGAAUAAAAGCGAAACAAUGGGAUCCCACACCACACUACACUUAGUCAUGAACCACAAGGAAGUGCUGGACACAGAAUAUUUAUGAUCAUACACACACACACACAGAGAGUACGCCAUUAGCAAUGGGUUAGAUAAUUGCUGGGACAAGCGUGUGCUGCGGCACUUUAAUAAUAAUAAAAUAGAAAUCCCAAAUCGGUAUUAAAACAAU